AUGACUACCACUACGACCUCAUGGAUCCUUGUGGUCCUUUUGCUGGCGAUCAGCGCCAACACAAAUGCCUUCCAACCAGUGACACCUCGCCAUGGUCUUUAUGUUUCCUCGACAGAGCUGUCUAUGGCCAAGAAGAAGAGCAAACGUAAUAAAAACAAGGGAUUUGGAGCCUCGGAAGCUGCUACGGCCCCUCCAAAGAAAGAAUCCGCAUCGUUUACUCCCAUUGCCACCACGCCAGAACCGGCAGCUCCCGUGGAGGGAACACCCGCCAUGCCCAAUACGUUGGCCACAACCAAUUCUUUGUCGGAACAAUCCGAUCGAACUGCCGAUAACCCACAGCAAGAAAUGAACCAAGGACAGAAAAUGCUGGCAGCCAUGCGUCGGGAACAAGCCGAAAAGAAGGACGCGGAUUUGCGACGUGUCAAAGAAAUCCGUGAAGUGGAUCAAAUGCUGCAAGAGUCCCCUGAAGCUGCCGCCAUUCCUGAAAAGGUGGCCAUGAGAAUGGGCAAGCGAAUGUUGCCGUUUGUGGGCAUUCCACUCUUUGGUUCCUUGGGUGCCUUUGUGGGGUUUUGGUAUUUUGCAACCUAUAAGGAUAUGGAAUUCCAGCCUGGUAUGGUGGCCACGACGACCAUUGUGAUACUGGCAUCUGGGUUAUUGGGCAUCACCUAUUCCAUUGUAAGUGCAUCUUGGGAUGAAGAGAGAGAAGGUUCCCUCCUGGGAAUUGAUGAGUUCCAAAAGAAUGUCGGGAAUAUUAAAGAAGGAUUGGAUAGGUCCAAAGAAAAUCUGCUCCUGAGAGAAAAAAUGGCCGGACUCCCAGAGGCAGAAAUCGAAGCUGCCAUCAGCGAGUUGGAGAAGCGAGAAAAGCGGAAGCGAUCUUUCGAGAGCAAGAUGGGUCAAGAAUUGGAACAGUAA